AUGAGCAACGCUGUUCCGCUUUCGGCCAUCCCCACAGUGGCAGCCCGGUUUGGUAAGCACGCUGAUCCUGGGUCAUUCCUGUCGCUCAUCAGCAUCUGGCGAGGCGAUAUCACCCGGCUCCAAGUCGACGCCAUUGUCAACGCAGCAAACAGCACCCUGUUGGGCGGCGGCGGCGUCGACGGAGCAAUCCACAAAGCCGCCGGCCCACGGCUCCUUGCAGAAUGCCGGCUGCUCAACGGAUGCGCGGCCGGGCAGGCCAAGAUCACCGGUGGCUACGAGCUGGAGGCAAAGCACGUGAUCCACACCGUUGGGCCUGUCGGAGAGCAGCGCGCCCUGCUGGCGAGCGCCUACAGGGCGUGCCUGGACGUGGCAAGGGCGAAUGGCGUGCGUACGAUUGCGUUCCCCUGCGUGUCGACGGGCGUGUACGGGUAUCCUGCCGAGAAGGCCUGCCGGGUUGUUUUGCCCACAGUGCAGGAGUGGCUCAGCAACAACCGCGGGGCGAUCGACCGCAUUGUCUUUUGCAUGUACAAUGACAAGAGCGUCGCCGUAUACGAGUCUGUGGUUGCAGACUCAAACGAGGCGUCUCUCGGCUCCGCUAUUCCGGUCAAAGUUGUCCGCAGCGUUCACAGCAAUACGAGCGAUAGGACGAGCAACAAGUCUAGUUUUCAUAAUAGUAGUGAUACCGACCGUAGUAGCCGGAGGUACUCUGUAACGGCGCUGUAUUCGAUUGUUGCCGAACGCGACGAGGAAGUUUCUGAUGAGCUGUCUGAAGCCCAGCGGAAACUGCGCGAGCUCAAGGGCCACAUCUCAGCACAGUCAAAGAAAAACUUCCUCCUAGAGCGCGACGUGCGGUACCUGGACAGCCGCAUCGCGCUGCUCAUCCAAAACCGCAUGGCGGCAGACGAGGUCAAGGAGCUCUCGUCGCACCUCGAGGACAUCAACCAGGGCAGCAACGACUACUACCCAGACGCCGAGCACACGCAGCUCUACGGCAACCUUUUCUUCCUCCUCCAAACCGAGCCCCGGCAUAUCGCCACGCUCACUCGCUUAGUGACGCUCAGCGAAAUCGACACGCUCCUGCAAACAGUGAUGUUUACCCUGUACGGUAACCAGUACGAGAGCCGCGAGGAGCAUCUCUUGCUGACAAUGUUCCAACUCGUCCUGGCAGCGCAGUUCGAGACAACACCUGAGUUCUCCAACCUGCUGCGGCAGAACACGCCAGUGUCCCGGAUGAUGAACACGUAUACGAGCAGGGGUCCUGGGCAGGUGUAUCUGAAGAAUGUGAUUUCGGGAGAGAUCGUUCAGGUCAUUGAGAACCGCGACUUGAAUCUGGAGAUUAACCCGCUCAAGGUGUACGAGGAGCUGCGGCAGGAGCGCAUCGACCGCAAUCUGCCGACCGAGGACUUCCCGCAUGGCGUGACGACGGAGGAGGCCACGAGCAACCCGCUGGUGCGCGCAGCUGUGCAGCCGCGACUGGAUGAGCUGACGCGGAUCGCCAACCGGUUUCUGGACACGAUCAUCGGGCACAUCGAGGACACGCCGUACGGAAUCCGGUGGAUCUGCAAGCAGAUCCGGUCGCUGACCAAGCGGCGGUACCCAGAGGCGCCCAACUCUGCAGUAUGCUCGCUGAUCGGCGGGUUCUUCUUCCUGCGCUACAUCAACCCGGCAAUUGUCACACCGCAGGCGCACAUGCUGAUCGAGAACGCGCCGACGCUGCACCCGCGGCGCGUGCUGACGCUGGUGGCUAAGCUGCUGCAGAACCUGGCGAACAAGCCGACGUACGCCAAGGAGAAAUACAUGGAGGACCUGUCCCCGUUUGUCGAGAGCAACCGCGGGCGCAUCAACAAGUUCCUCAAUGAACUAUGCGAGGUCAGCGAUUUUUACGACAACAUGGAGAUGGACCAGUAUGUGGCGCUGACGAAGCACAACAUCUCGCUCAACAUCUCGCUUAAUGAGCUGUACAACACGCACGCGCUGCUGCGCCAGCACCUGCACGUGCUGGCGCCGGCGCAGGACUCGCACCUGCGCGCGCUGCUGGACGAGCUGGGCGACGCACCCGGGCUAGUACCGCGCAACCUCAACGCCACCAUGGAACUGUCCUUGUUCAGCAAAUGGGAGACGCCGAUUCUCUCAGACCUCUCGACAUUGGCCUCGGACAACGCGCUGACACAGCACGAUAUCAUGUACGUCGAGACAAAGUCUAUCCUGGUGCAGAUCAUUCGCAGCAUGCCGCAUCUCAAAUACAGCCGCUACAAGCCCGAGAGCAACGCGGCGGCAAAGAUGGACCUGCUCUUUGUGGCCGAGCAGGCGGCGACGUCCAAGGACUCCAUGCUGGUGCGCAAGGGCAUCAAGGUGCGCGAGAUGCUGCUUGAGCUGGAGAAGCAGGGCGCGAUCGACGCCAACGACGGGUACCGGUACCUGACGGAGGAGAUCCUGCACGAGCUGGCGCACCUCGGCAGCCUGCGCGACAAGGUGGAGGAGGAGAUCCGCGGGCUGACGGACGUCUACAAGACGAUCUGCGACUACAACGGGUACCUGUCAUCGCAGAUCGAGACAUACAAGGCGUACCUGGGCAACGUGCGGCUGCAGUCUGCGACGCCCAAGAACCAGCGCAAGAAGGGCGCGGUGCCGGUGGGCGUCACGGUGAUGGACCCGAGGCCGCUGCAGAGCCGCAAGAUGAAUGUCAAGAAGGAGGACAAGCCCAGCGUCACGCUAGACUACCGGCUGGAUGCGUUGGAGCGACUGGGUGUCGUUUGCAAGAGCAACAUUCCGGAGAACCGCCAGGACAAGGUGUACUUUACGUUCAGCAGCCCGUCGGCCGCAUCGUAUGUCAUCCGGCUGUUCUAUAAGGGCAGGGAGAAGCCUGUGGUCAACAUGGACCUGCUGCUGGAGGACCUGCUUGAGCGGAAACACAACAAGGUCGAGAUUCUAGAUCUCGAGUACGUGCAUCUUAGUGUCAUCAGGCUGCUCGAGUUUUUAGAGCGCAAGUUUAGCCGAUAA